AUGGCAUUCCAGGAACACGCUAUAGCAAAUGAGUCUGCGGUUGUCUCCUUCAACGUCACAAAAAGCCGCAGCUUUUCAACGGAGAGCUUCUCGUUUAAAGUUUUUAAACUGUUUUGUUAUUCGAUUGUCUUUGUCUUGGGCGUCUUGGGAAAUGUUCUGGUUUUCCGAAUGGUCAUGAAAAGAAGAAAACUGCGAACUGUUAGUAACAUUUUCAUUUGUAAUCUUGCCGCAGCCGACAUCGCUGUCCUCACUGUGAAUCUUCCAUUUCGCUUGGCAUAUCAAGAAAAUUCUUACAUUUGGCCUUUUGGUGCCGUGUUAUGUAAGACAAUACCGACGUUAGCUUACGUUUUUAUCACCGCUUCAUCGAUGACUUUGGUUCUUAUGACUAUAGACCAAUAUCGAGCUAUAGUCAAGCCUCUGGGUAGAAGAUUUAACGUAAAAACCACCAAAUUUGCCAUUAUGUUAAUCUGGACUUUUUCUGUCCUCAUUGCUCUUCCGUUCAAUUUUGCGCUUAGGGUGGUGAAACGGCGGGACAGUCAGCCGGUUUGCACAGACGCCUGGCCCAGCGACAAGUUUGAGCAAUUCUACUUUUUGAGCCUAUUUGUGGUGCAGUUUGUUAUACCCAUGACAAUAAUUGUGUGCUGCUACACUCUCAUAUGCGGCCAUCUUAACUCGAAAACGAGACUAGACCACCUUACAUGCACGUCAACUAGGCAACGCUCAGAUCGAAACAAAAAGGUAAGACCAGCCAUUUUGAAACUAAGUUUUUUUAAAAUAUUCUGGUUUAUCUUUGCAAUUGUAGGAGAUUUGUCAAAUUUUGUUAACCUCCGUCUCGAUCAUUCUCAGCAAGUUAUCUUGUGAAAGAGAAAUGGGUCAUCAAAGUUAGCUUUUAUUUCCAGCAUUUCAAACAAAGAUAUCGAAGUAACCGUGAUACGUACCCUUAAUUGACUGCAAAUGUAUUGUUUCGUUUUUUGACUUAUUUGACCUUAAAGGCACUGGUUAUUCUAUUGAUAAAGCUGGCAAGUCUACUCCAAUACUGGUGUUGAAAUAAAGAGUAGGCUUUAAUGAGCCGACAUCUGGAUCGAGAGAGUUACUAUUAAUAGUCACUCAAACCGAUAGAGCACGGUGCCCGAAUCGCAGAACAUUUAGGACUGAGAGCUAAUAUUCUACAGAUUUUCCUUAAAAAAAUACACAGACGUUGCGUUUAAAAUAAUAACCUCGUGAAGAAAAAAAAAACCAAAACAGAACGAUCAUUCACUGGGUGAUCAUUUAAAUGCAUAUUGACUUCAAAAAUCUGCAUAUCCGCAACUUGCCGAGGGCUGGAGUACAUUCGGUUUGAAUCAAGCUUUGAAACCAAAUAAAAAUUUUGCUUUUACGAAGUUUCAAUUGACUGAGAUGGUCAAUACAUUACAAAUUGAGCCAACUAAGGUAAAAAUUUAUCAACGAGGAGAUAAGCUGAUCGGCCUUACCGGAGCCUACUUAUCACAUACCGCUCCGAUCGUUUAGGAGUGCUUCGUUACUGAUUGUUCAUACGUAUACACUAUCACCAAAUCGUUGGGUUUUCAAGAUGUUUACAUCUCAAGAUAAAGUGUCUUUUACUUGAGCUAACUGUUAGUGUGGGUUUUUAUUAAGAAUUUCACUAGUCGGCGCGUAAGUAAGAUAACAUAUCUCUUGUGUGAUCAUGACUCAAAAAAACAGAAAGCCUGACUGAACUAGAGAAUAUCGGUUGAGAUGAAAAAUGUUUUCUAGUUUAGCUAAGCGGGAAUCAUGUUGUGGAGACAAAUUUUGCUGCUCGGAAACAAAUUUGCCUCUAAAAUAUGUCAUAGAUUUCCAGCUAAGGCACCGUGGCAAAUAAUACAUUUUGGGUGCAUUUUGCCAAUUUCAUCAUCCUGGACACAUGUCAAGAAGAGUUCUGAAGGUCUCUUCUGAGUCAGUGAAAUGCUUUUCCACUGAGAAACACAGGCACUUUUCUGGAGAGGAUCUGGCAAAAAGGGAUUUCUCAGUCAAUCUUCAAGUUAGUGGCAGGCUAAGCGCCAAGGAAGAGGUGCGACAAACGUAACCCUCUUUACACUAUUUUUCUUUUUCUAUAGGUGAUUAAAAUGUUGGUCGUAAUAGCAGCUGUGUAUGCUCUUUUCACCUUGCCGUAUCACGUAACGUGGCUGUUAAGUGUGUUUGGUUAUCCGAACUCCGUUGCAAAGAAACUGUGCGUUCUGUUAGUAAUAGCAACCAGUGCCGCUCAUCCAAUCAUUUACGGAACGCUGAACCAAGAAUUCAACAAAGGAUUCAAAGCGUUUUUCAGAUGUUUGAGGCAAAAAGAGAAUGACGAGUAUCGGCUGGACAGUACAAUAGGCACCAGGAGAUUGAUUGGAACAACCACACGCACUGAUCACGUGAAAUGGCGAGAUAUUCACAAAAGAAAACAAACAGAGGAGGAUGAAGAAGUUGAGAAACAACUUGUAACUUGCGUAUGA